AUGACUGACGCGGAGACAAACCUUGUCAUUGGCACCACCGAACUUCCAGCUAAUGAGGUUGAGCACGACGAAACCGACUUGAACAUUCCCGAAGUGAUAGAAUUCUUCAAGCUCAACGCAGCAGCUUUGCGAGCUGGACGAGAGGCUUGCUUAGCUCGACACAAUGAGAAGCGUGCGCUCCACCUUAAUACUGACCCUAUGACGCUCGACAUAAACAUAACUCGCGACGCUCAAAAUUGGGCUGAAAAAAUCGCUCGCGGUGAAGUAACCGGAUACGAUCCUGAUACGAUCUGUGGCGAAAACAUUUCGCUCAUUCCCUUUUCGAGCGCCUUGCAAUACUUGACCCAGGGAGACUACGUUGGCGUCGCAGAAUUGGUCGUCGACAACUGGUACAGCCAGGUCAGCAAUUACAACUUCGCGCAUCACACAAUGACCGACCCAAAUGGAGCCAAAGUCUCAAGCUUUGUCCAAACGAUCUGGAAGAAUUCCACGCUUUUGGGCGUUGGAAUAACCCUCAAACCUGAUUUUUCAGAGGUCAUCGUUGUUUGCCGAUACUUCCAAAAGGGAAAUAUCGAAGGCAAUCGACCUCAGCAAGUCGGACAAUUGAAGCCGUAA